AUGUCUUCCCAAAUCAAGAACACGGCCCAGAAGAUCUUGACAGAGAUAUUAAAAUACCACACCGUCAUCCCACCUGCGACCAAUCCUCGCCUCCCGCAAGAGUCUGGGCUCAACAUUCCGCAGGGCAUCCCUGCCCUAUUCGCAUACUCUCAGCUUCAUGGCAAUGACCAUAGUCCAGACAAGACCGUGGUGAAGGCAUUCCUUCUGCACCAAGCUGGAAACCUACUCAGCCUCCGUCUGGUGGUUAUGGCCUGCGGCCUCAUCUACCUUUCGCGUCCAAUCAUCGGUCCCGUGUUGUCGUCUGUAUGGGAUGAGUUAGGUCACGAUAGGCAUGAGUUGCUCAACGGAGACCCGUUACCCAACAACGAAACCAUGACCAAGGCUAAGCUCGAGCUCGAGCCUAAGUCCGCAACCAAGGACGAGUCGAAACCCAAACCCGAUCUCAACACCUAUCCUGAGCCAGAGUCAAGGACGGUCUCUAUAACGAUCGCAGAACUGAAGGAGCUGAACGAUCUCGCAGAUGCAACUCAAGCCCGCCUCGAUGCGGCCCAGAGGCUGCAAGAGGACAUGUUGACAGCAAACUGCGACUUGAAUGAUGACGUUGAGAGGUUGGAGGACGAAAUCGAGAGGGUGAAGAAGCAGGCACAGGACGACGCCGCCCAUUCCGAUGCUCGCAUCCGAGCAUUGAGUGAUCAAAUCGACAUCGACAAAGAUGCUAAAGACACUGUCUGGAAGGAGAGGGAGAAUUUCCGUUUGGGCGGAAAGGAACUCAAGAAGCGGUUGGAAGACCUCCAGGCGGAAUUCAACAUACUGGAAGAUGACCGCGACGAGUGCCAAGACGAACGAGAGAAGUUGGCGGCUGAAAUCGCAAAGGCCCUGUCAGAUGCUGCCGCUACUGGGCAAGCACAAGACAAGCGCAUCGAGGACCUGGAGUCUCAAAAGGACAAAGAGGUCGCCGAUGCAACAACUGCUCUCACUGCGCUCAAGACGCAGAUGGAGGAUCUCAAAAAGGCCUACGAAAUCCUCAGUAUCGACUCCGAAGCUCAGAAGUCUGCAGCGGUAGACGAUGAAGAAGUCAUGAAGGAAUACCAGGAUAUUUGUGAGGAUCUUGAACAAGAGGUCACCCAACAAAAGAAGGAUCUUCAAGUAGCCGAAGACGAAAAGGCUAGCCUUCGAGCAGAGAUUGCUGCUCUCAAGGAGCGACUGGAGGCCCAGGACAAGGAGAAGUCUGGUGCUAAGGACGGCGGUCGUCAAGAUGAGGAUGAAGACGACGCCUCCAACGACGAUGGAGGGAAGGAUCAAGGCAGAGAUGACGACGACGAUGCUGCAGAUGAUGAUGCAGAUGACGGUCGCAAUGGCGGCGGGGAGAAAGUGGCUGACGGUGUAGAUGACAACGGCGCCCAAGGAAAUGAUGGGGCGACAGACACACCACCCUCGUCUGAGGGCCCAUCGACAGCUCAAAGCUAUGGAGGUCCGUCUGGGCCACCAAAACCACGAUCAUUGACAUCUUCCUGUGCACCACCAGCUAUGGAGCCUUCACCAUCCACAGCUUCUUCGCCACCUGCAGAGUCAACCCCGCUUGCAAAGUCAUCACCACCGAAAGACUCGUCGACUCGUACAGUCACUACCGUCUUGAAUGCGGUGGCUCCUGAGUUCAAGCCUUCGACAGGUCCGAAGUCGGCCGUACCUCGUAUGCUCCCUACGCAUCAAGCGUACUUCGCGUCUUUGGUGGGAAUAGUGCCUCCAACCCCUGGAUCAUCUGCUGCCGUUCUAGCGGAUUCACCGAUUGAAUCGGCUCAGGAGCCAGGCGGACCAGUUCUCACCUACUCGCCUGCUCCCAAGGCAGCGGGGCCAGGCGGAGCGAAAAACGCCCACAUACGGAAGUUGAACGAAGACGUAAUGAAGAAGGCAUGGAGAAGACAGAGCGGGAUGCCGGAUACAGACGAAGAGAUUAUCCUGGCUCCCGAGGACGAACGUGAGAUUGAGGGUAUGUUUCAACGCCAAAUUAUCCAAGCUUACACUCAGAUCGUCGCCCUCCCUGCGUUCCCUCCUUCCUACAGUGACAUUAUUAAUGCGCCGGAAAUGACUUCAGUGCAUCGAACCACAUCGGCUCCCGCAGCUAGAAAUCUUGCCCAAGAGAGAGAUGAGAAGGAAGAUGAGGAGGCUCAUGCUUCUGGAGAAGAGCAGCGUAAGGAACACUCACGAAAUUCAGAAAUCAGGGGACAGCUAAUGGCGCUUGCAGUAGCAGAUAACUACCCUGAGAACUGCCCCGACAACGCAGACGCGGAUUCGGAGCACGAAGAAAUCCAUUCUUCUAGCUCGGGACCUGCUUCAGAGCUGCAUCGUCAACGAGCAACGACCUCUCGGUAUCCAGCAGAGGAGAAGCCCACGGGCACUAGAUCGGGCUCGGCCCCAGCAUCGAGAUUCUCCAGUCAAAACACAAGGAGUUCAGAAGUCGCUGACGAGGAGGAUGCGGAGCCCUCACCGUCCAUAGGAGAGCAACAAGCGAACUCGGCUGGUGGAUCAGCAACGGCCCCCGAUGUUCCGUCGGAAGAGGAUGUACCACAGUCAGUGACUCCUCACGGACGAGCGGCAGCUCGUGAGCAUUCGGGCCCUAGCAGCUCCAAAGAGUCAGAAGCUGAGGAAGACGACGAAAACGAUGGAGACUGGUCCGAUGUAGAGGACGAUGACCAUGGAAAAGAAGAAAAAGAAGAAGAAGAUGACGGUGCGCCCAUGCUUGGCAACUACAAAGUGACUCGCGGUCCUAAGCCAACCGAGGAUAACUCGAAGAAGCCUAUGCUGGGUAGCUACAAUGGUACCCGCGGUGAGGGGCCAAGCAGCAGUGAAUCUGGGACGCCAAAAGCCGUGGAAGAGUCCGGAGCCAACGGAGGCUGGAUUGAUGUUGAAGAAGAAGAAGAUGAAGAAGAUGAGGAGGACGGAGAGGAUCAAAAGGAGGACCAGAAUGAGGAGGAUGAGAGUGAGAAGGAUGGAAAAGACGAAGAAGACGAAAAAGACGACCAAGAGGGUGUCAACGCUCCCCUACCAAUACCCCAAUCUCAGCCUCCCACCCGAGAACUACCUCUAUCGGUGGCAGGUGCCAUCGAUGCAUCAUCGCCAGCCGCCCGGGGAUAUAGGGGUGACAGACCAAAUCCUGAAGCUACACGUGAUGAACAGCCCGCGAACCGACCUCCAUCGAGCAUUUUCCCGAGCAUUGAAAACGCAACGAAGACGCACGAUGAAGCCGUCGGCGAUGCGUUCGCAGACUGUUUCCGCGAGCACGGCACUAAGAAAUUGGAGGACUCGAUGUGGGCGGAUAAGAAGCCUGACGCAAAAGCAAAGGCCAUUCCUCAACGAGCAUCAUCAACGCCUGCUGAGGGUGUAGCAUCGUCACGGACACCAAAUCGGUUGGGUGAUGGGGGAGUGACUCGAGCCCCACCCCGGGGUCCGCCAAACUUCAGCCAUCUGCCAAAGCCUCAGCCUCCUCCCGGUGCUCCUACUGGGCCACAAGGCCACGCAUCACGGCGUCCCGGCCCUGAGCGGUCAGAUAGCGGAAUCCAGACUUCGGUCGGAUUGGAUGAUCCGGACACCACGCCGAGGGUGCGAUUGCCAGUUUCACCGUCCUGUGGAUCCGACAACCUGCCUCCUCAGCCAAUGGCGAGUCAGGCACAGUCUUCACCGGUGAACGUUGCAACACGCACAUGUACCCAGGGAGAGCUAGACGAUGGUACUCAAGCUGCACGAGCUUUGCUGCCGCCGUCGAAGCCAAUAUACCGAGGGUCCCCACUACGAAACGUGAUAGGGGCAGCGCCGUCAGAGAAGAACAAUGGCGGCGUGCAGCCUGCGACUGUAGCGUCGCCAGCAGGAACACCGGCUGGAAGUGCCAGCUGGUCUCCUCGUGGUCACGGAAGAGGCGGUCGUGGUGGACUUGGCGCGCGAGGAGCCCACACUCCACAAAAGCGAAACCCAACACACGGCCCAACUGCAAAUACGUCAAAAGCAACGCCCACAGAUCCAGACGCUCAGGAUGACUUCAAGAUCCUCGGCGCUAGCAGGAGAGGCGGGCAAGAUGGACGAGGAGCAGCUGGGAACGGGAACCGGAGCAGCUUUGGCUUCGGUGUGAGAGGUCGCGGUGGUGGUCCAGCAACACCCACACCACAGCCGGGGCCGGCACGUGGCUCGAGAUCUGCAAACACUGCGAGCAGCUCAUUUCAGCGAUGGCAGGACCGUAUGGCGGAGGCCGCCGGGGCAGAGGCGGAGACGAAGCAGAGAUGA